UGUAAUGAAAGAAAAUAAAGAUGGUAACUAUCAAAGAAAGAAAGGAUUAUGUGAGUAUAAGAAGUCAAAUAAUUUUUAAGUGAAAAGAAGGAUAUCAAAAGGAGAUUUAGCUAUAAAAUAUAGAUAUUAUAUUUAAGCACCUUUAAUUUCAGAUUUAUAAUCUGUCAAAUUUUAUAGAAUUUUUAUUCUGUAAAAGUAUUUACAUUUAUAUUAUCUAAAGAAUUGAGC